AGAGUACAAGUAUUCGCGUUUUCCCCUUUUACUUCAUCAGCUUAAUUUUUCACCCCAUUUAAUUUCAAAAUAAAACAGAUAAAUGGUCGCCACGAUCAGAGUGCCUGGAGCGGUUGCUCCACGGACGUAAGAGAAGUUUUUAUCUUCUUGGGUGGUAAGUGAUCGCUUCACAACUACCAACACAAGCUCAACAACGUGGCAUGUUGACUUGGGUUCUUCUAUAAUUCUUAUCCUAUUUUCUAUUGAAGGUUCUUGUGUGAAGAACAAGGACGAAACUUUUUCAAGUUUCAAAGAGUUCCCAACGUUUCACAAAAAAAAUAGUAGCGUGGUUUUUUUCGGAAACACAAAGAGCUAGAGCAAGGAAAAUAUUGUAGAAUAUUUGGAAGUAAUUGUCAGAAAAAAAAACGCUGUACAAGAAGAAAUUUUAUCUCUUUGGAUUUUUUACAACUAGAUACACUUACACGUCAUCGAAACUCUCGCUCCAACAUCACGACCGGUAAACUUCUAAUGGCCUUUUGUCUUUCGACACUUAUCGACGGAGCACGGGAUUACGUAAGGCCAAAUCCAAAAUCAUUCCAAUAAACAGAAGCUUAGCUUGGCCAGGGCUACUCACCGGGAAGAGAUCACUAUUUUCCGAGAACGACAGGCACAACGACGAAACCAGCACCGGCCAAACCGGUCGAAGUACCAUUCAGAUCAUUUCCAUCGACAGAACCGGAAUAAAGCCACCGAAGAUUUUAAAGACCCCGAACCAGACCAAAGUCAUUAUCUCUAUUAUCACUACUAGUAGUACAGAUGAAACACGAUAAAAACUACGGGGAGCUUUACGACCAAGAGGAAGGAAAGAAGUUUUGGGUGAACUACAAGAACUCGAUUGACAGCAGCACGAAACGAAAUAAAAUAACUGUUGUGUAAAAUAAAAGAUCGAACAACAAGAACUCCCACUACCACCAUAGUGGCCGAACAACUACAUCUCGGAAGUAGCAAAGAAGUGGAAAUCGACUCCAGUUGUAACAGGCGCAGGAAAAACAAAUAGAACGGGGGCACGGACGGCUAUUGGAGAUAAAAACAAAAAGUUCUUCGUGUCUUUAUCACAUCAAAAGAAAACUUCUUUUACCGUCGAGAAGUCCAAGAACUACGUCAGUGACGAAUCUUCGGCACGAGCAGGACAGCAACGACCUACAAACUCCGGUUAAAAAUUAUUCGACCUUCUUCUUCUUCUUAGACUUGGCCCAACGACGAGACUAAAUCGACACGAUGACGGAAGUGAUGCGUCAGGAGUCCAUGCCGAUCACCCCGCGGGAUCAUGGCAGCGGCUCCUUCCAUGGCGGUCCGCCCCCCAACAUGAAGGGGAAGGGGAAGCAGGGCAAACCGCCAAAGCGGGUUCGCAAUGUGACCGGUGCGGAGGCCGCAGCGGACAUGUUUGGCGGGGCCAAGAGCGACAUUUGCCCCUUCUACGCGAAGAUCGGCGCCUGCCGGCACGGAACCACCUGCUCCCGAAAGCACAUCAAGCCAGAGCGAACCCGCAGCCUGUUGCUGGCGCACGUGUACUUACGUCCUAUGAUGUGUUCUAGCUACUUGUUCGCUGUUGAGUAGAGUUUUUCUUCAAUUUUGUUGAUGUAGAAAGUUGUAGCUCUGUGCCAUAAACAUAAAGAAUCAUCCUGUUGUCGAACCAGCUUGAUGCCUGUCAUGCUGUUUAUGUAGUUUUGCUUUGAAGAUAUUUGUCAAGGUGAACAUACGCUCCUGCAUAGAUGAAAAUAUGAAAAUUUCUUUCCAGCUUCGGCGAGACCCCGGAGACCCUUGCCGUGAGUACGGACCUGGGUGAGUGGAGCGAGGAGGUGUACUGCACCGCAGUCGACCAGGUGGAAGAGUUUUACGAGGAAACGUUUUUCCACAUGGCGAAAUUCGGCGAGAUCGAGGAUUUACUCCUCGUCGACAACAUCUCGGAGCACAUGUCCGGCAACUGCUACGUCAAAUACUACACGGAAGACGCGGCGACCAAGGCACUGGAGGCGGUCAACGGCAAGUUUUACUCCGGGCGGCAAAUCAAAGCGGAGUACUCGCCCUGUAUCGACUUCCGGGAGGCCAGGUGCCGUGCUUUCAACGAGGCGAACUGCCCCCGAGGACAGUAUAUUGCUCAUCUCUUGCUUGUUUCAUGAUAAGCAAUAUCAUUUUCUUGUUCAAGUGUUUCUCGUGAAUCGAAGCAAAUCGAAAUCAAUGCAAACCUCAUCAGCACCACACCAUGAUAGUGCGUAAGUCGUAUUACCGGGCUUGAAAGUUUGGUCUGGAUGCUUUGAUGUGAUAUAUUUAGAAUAUGAGCACUUGAUGUUGAACAUAUCAAAUCCAGGAAUUGCAACUUCCUGCACGUCCGGCACGUUCCCAAGGCUUUGAAGCGGCAGUGCGUGAUGCAGAUGUAUGCGGACCAUCCGGACUACAAGAAGGCCCGGGAGGAGGCCGGACGGCCCAUUACCUACAAGUUUCUGGACAAAGUCGACUGGGACAACGAUUCGGACGCCAGGGAGGCGUUCCACAAGAAGUGGUGGGCCAUGUACGAAGAGCGGCGGGAGCAGGAGAAAGCGGGGACGCCGGCGAACGGCAGCGGCAGUCCCGAAGACCCGGAAACGAGGAACGCCACGGAGAUGAACAGAAACCGUAUUCAAUUCGAUUGUGUUGAGAUCAACAUGCUGUUUCUUCGUGAAGUGGAACAUUAAAUAAUUGUUUGAUAAUAUAUGACAAUGACUACCAGAGAUGUACCAGAACCAGUUGUACUAUCUUCUGCAUGAAGCCAUCGCCUGCAUCUGCAUAAUGAAAGCAUGAAACCCACCGUGCGCCGAGGAAAUAUUUUGAAUUCUAUCAAAACACAACAGCCUCGUUCUUUCCCAACGGGAGCGCGGUUAUGGAAGAGGUGGAUGAGCAUGGCAAGAAAAAGAAAAAGCGGCACAAGGACCACGAGAACGGCGACGACAUGAACCCCAAGCGUCUGAUGCUCGGCGAUAAUGCCAACGGCGAGCACGAUAACGAGGACGAGACCCCCACCCCGAAGAACGUGAUGCGCGGCCCCUUUGACGCGUUUAACCCCCCGAAGCCCGGAGAAUUGACUCCCUCAACGGUCGGAGGUGACGGAACGCCCACGCCGAUGAGCGGUCAGUUCCACCCAGGUGGAGUGCCCCCGCCGGGCGCACCAUUUGGUGGACCACCGCCGCCGGGCAUGUUUCAUCAUCCGAUGAUGCCGGGGAUGAAAGGCGGUCCGCUUCCUCCCGGUGCUCUGCCACCCCCGCAUAUGAAUCCGGGAAUGAUGAUGAUGAUGAAGGGGGGUGGUGUUCCGCCGCCGGGAGUUGGCGGAAAACCAGGCGCACCCCCGCCCCCGGGCUUCAUGAUGGGAGGAGGUCCCCCGCCGCCACCGGGAAUGGUGCCCCCGCCGCCGCAUAUGAUGAUGAAGGGCGGAGGUGGACCACCACCGCCGCAUCUGAUGAUGAAGGGCUUCCCCCCACCACCGGGAGGACCAGGUGGUGCUGCGCCGCCAUUCGGAUUUGCUCCGCCGGGCGCUGCAGGUGGACCACCACAUAUGAUGGGCGGCAAGCCGGGCAUGCCGCCGCCGGGAACCAUUGUGCAUAUGAAGGGUGGCGGACCGCCGCCGGGGACGAUGCUUGGAAAGGGAAGUGGACAACUACCGCCGGUCAGCAACAUGAUGCCAUUACAGGAACUGAUGGACUACGGAGCCGCACCGCCAGGAGCGGCCCCGCAAGGUAGUCCGCGGGUGGAUAGUACCGCUCAGCUGUUCCCCCCACCCGCACCUGGCAGCGGACCAAACACUCCGCAGAUUCCGGCGGGCGUCCCAGGAGCUCCGGCGAUCAUGGGUGGAGCUCCUCCGCAGUGAGGUGUUUUUCUCAACCGGCGGAUCUUCACUCGACAAAUAAUUCUAUCGAAUUUUACAAGUUCUUGGUAGGAGUUUGAUGUUUGUGUUUCGACGAGAUUUGGAGCGACGUUUUGCUGUUGUACCUUUGAUGAUGAUGAUAGGACCACACUUGUUCCUCGAUACAUCAAAAAGGUGCUUGAAUUGAUCAUGUCAAUUUUUGUAAAUGUCUUUUUGGAAAAAUAAAAUUGAAAAAUAUCGAAAUUGAGGCUAUUGAUAUUGCUGUCGUCCGUAACUAAUUGAUGUCAUAGUAUUUACUCAAUGUGUUUUCCAGUUUUCUACAACUACACCAUCACGAUUUAUUCAGUUUCAUUUUACUACGGCUGCACAGAUGAUGAAGAUGGCAGAUUGGUCGAGGUUAUGGCUUCGUGACCAAGGCAAAAAAAUGUCGUCCUUUUUGUUGAAAAUGCUCGGCUACUUGAUGGAGGAUUUUCUCUUACGACAAAAAUGUACAAAUUUACGAAAAGAUUUUUUCACUCGGGAACUACAACUACGAGAAAAUCUAGCGAUAGAUAGAACACUGGACCAGCGUCAGGUCAUACUCAUAUUAUGGAGGAAACAAAAACGAAUUCAUAUCCAAUCGACCACGAAACAACAACACCAACCUUCCUAGCUCCUUAUCAUACGACGCGAUAAAACUAUUACAACAUCACUUUCUCAUUCUGUCCCCUCAGAUUUGAAGCGGAUGUUAGCGACUUCCUGAUAUUUUUUCAACCCGAAUGAUAUUGCGAAGAGGAAGAACGACCUUUCCGCCGGAAAAAAACAACAACGAUUGCGAACACAAAGAAAAAAGUUUAGUUUCCCCAAGAACACGAAAAAACGUUGAUGAUGUUGAGCAAGCUAACUUUACAAACUGUCCCCAAAACCACUUUGAAUUUGGAACUCCUCCGUCGAACUCGAAACAAAUUCACGAUACAAACUUGGUUGCCCGCUUGAUUUUAUCUGCGUGGUGUUUGUUAUCGCAAUAUAAAGAUGGAUGCGCAAUAAGAUAAAGAU